GGAAAGGGGCGGCUCCUUCCGCCCUCCAGCAUCCCGGAAAAUGGGGAGCAAGGCCUUGCCGGCGCCCAUCCCACUCCACCCGUCGCUUCAGCUCACCAAUUACUCCUUCCUGCAGGCCGUGAACACCUUUCCAGCCGCGGUGGACCACCUGCAGGGCCUGUACGGUCUCAGCGCUGUGCAGACCAUGCACAUGAACCACUGGACGCUGGGGUACCCCAAUGUGCACGAGAUCACCCGCUCCACCAUCACCGAGAUGGCGGCGGCGCAGGGCCUCGUGGACGCGCGCUUCCCCUUCCCAGCUCUGCCCUUUACCACCCACCUAUUCCAUCCCAAGCAGGGGGCCAUUGCCCACGUCCUGCCAGCCCUGCACAAGGAUCGACCCCGUUUUGACUUUGCCAACUUGGCCGUGGCCGCCACGCAAGAGGAUCCCCCUAAGAUAGGAGACCUGACCAAGUUGAGCCCGGGGCUGGGUAGCCCCAUCUCGGGCCUCAGUAAAUUGACUCCAGACAGAAAGCCCUCCCGAGGGAGGUUGCCCUCCAAAACGAAAAAAGAGUUUAUCUGCAAAUUUUGUGGCAGACACUUUACCAAAUCCUACAAUUUACUCAUCCACGAGAGGACCCACACAGACGAGAGGCCGUACACGUGUGACAUCUGCCACAAGGCCUUCCGGAGGCAAGAUCACCUGCGGGAUCACAGGUAUAUCCAUUCCAAAGAAAAACCCUUCAAAUGUCAGGAGUGUGGGAAAGGAUUUUGUCAGUCUAGAACUCUAGCAGUUCACAAAACUUUACAUAUGCAGGAAUCUCCACACAAAUGUCCCACAUGUGGAAGAACCUUUAAUCAGAGAAGUAAUCUGAAAACUCACCUUCUCACCCAUACAGACAUCAAGCCCUACAGCUGCGAGCAGUGCGGCAAAGUGUUCAGGCGAAACUGUGAUCUGCGGCGGCACAGCCUGACUCACACCCCGCGGCAGGACUUCUAGAGAAGCCCAGGAUCUGUCCCGUGCCGCCGCUGCUCCCCUCCCCAGACUCCUCUCUACGCCUCCUACCCAGGGCUCCCACCCCCAGCCCUUCACUGACCCCAGCUCUUCCCUUGCUGCAAUUGCACCUGCAGCUCCAGGGAGUUAACUUUUCUCCAGAACUGUAGAAAGCCACACAUUACAUCCUUUCACAGAGAGCAUAUGCUAGUUUCUUGUAGAUAUUCACGGCUCAUUUUAGAGCUCUGUACAUAAUGUCGUGGGUCUUGUCUUGUUGUUUUGUUUGUUUU